AUGGGAGUAAUACUUUCACUCUUUUGCAAAUGGAAUGGUGACACAGCGAUACCAGAUUUAAAUCUCGACCUUGAAAAUGCCACGCCGACACAGGCUGAAUUAACUCUUUAUGAACAUAUCUCUGAUAUUCUCCAACCCACUGAAACACUUUUGGAUUCUUUACGGCGUUAUGAAGGAUGUGGUGAUUUAAUAAGGAAAGCAAUAUCCAAUCCAACACCUGAUAAUGAAGAGGAAGCCUGGCAAGCCGUUCAACCUGUAGUUGCAAAAUUAAAAAAAUUUUUUGAAUAUUCAACUUCUUUAGUUCUCUGUGAAGGAAAUGUUAGAAAAAAUAUCGAACAGAAUCAAGCUCUCACAAAAUCAUUGGCUCAAAUACUGGACUUUGCUUUUGAAUUUGACUAUUUAAAGAUGAAAACACCAUCAAUUCAAAACGAUUUUUCUUAUUAUAGAAGGACACUGAGCAGAGGAAAACAUGCAAAUGAAACAGAUUUGAAAACGGCCAUGAUUGAGGAUGAAUUGGCAAACAAAAUUUCCUUAUUCUAUGCAUAUCCGACGCCAAUGUUGAAAACUAUUACAGAUGUAGCUUCAACCUUCGUUGAAAAGAAUAAUUUUGGAAAAAGUGUAACUGAAUGUCUAUCAGGGUUGGCUGCCGCAUGUUAUUAUGCUGUUACGAAAAGGAGAACUCAAAAGCCUGAAACGACCGCCUUUUGUUUAAGGGUGAUGGUUGCGUCUAUUAUAUUAUAUGAUCAUAUUGAUCCACAUGGAGCUUUUAAUAGACAUUCAUCUAUUAACGCAAUUCAAGCUCAUGGAUCUGAUGAAUACACAAAUCUGAUAUCUGCUCUACGUUUCAAUACCAAACAUUUGAAUGAUGAUUCCACCCCUAAAAAUGUAAAACAAUUGCUGAGCAGUCAGUGA